AUGAAAAUCAUUGAGAGUUGACUGAUCUUAAAGUGAUAAACCAAAGUAUCGACAGCUGUGAUUAACGUCCAAUUACCUCUAGUUUUUGUGUUCAACUUCAACUUGUCCAUUAGAGAUUCGGAUUUUCAAUAUGAAGGCAACAAUUUUCAUCUGUUUAUCAGCAAUUGUGGUCAUUCUUCUGACCCUUCCAUCACCAUCGGAGUCACUUUCUCGUCGUAAGAUGAUGAAAAUGCAGAAGCUAGCAGCUUUGGCUUUAAUCUUGAAACCAAGGAAGAAAAUGCUUCCCAUUCCAGUUCCAAUUCCAAUUCCAAUCUCAAAAGAAAAGAUAAUGAUGAUGCUUGGUAAAGAGGAUGAAAUGAUGCACCAUCAGGGUCACCAUGAUCAUGCAGUCAAUACUGCCCCAAUGCAGCCUCAACCUUUUGUUGCUCAUCAAUUUCGGGUUGCAGUUCAGUCUCCAGUUCCAAUUCCUAUUCCAAUUCGAGUGCCUGUUCCUAUGCCUGUGCCUGUCCAAGUUCCAGUUCCAGUUCAGGUUCCACCACCACCUCAUCAUCACCACCAUCAAGAAAUUGUAGCUUAUGAAUAUCAACCAGAAGUAACCCAAACUUGUGGUCACCAUUAACCGGACUUUUUUCAUUAUGAAUAAUCAACUUUAUUCAUCUCCCACCUUCUCAAGGAACACAUUGGACCAAAAUCGUAAAACCAGUUAACCGAUGUUAUUUUCACUGUAAUCCUUUAACCUUACAAACCAUUAGAAUAAGAAAUUUACCUCUUUUUGA